AUGCCCGCCUCAACCACAGAUCAUUAUUACGACCAUUACAAACCUAGUUUGCCCGCCGGGGCCAUCUUCACAGCUCUCUUCGCCAUAUCCACGGUUCUACAUGCCUGGCAGCUUAUUAGAACGAGGACAUGGUACUUUACUCCAUUCGUCAUUGGCGGUACCUUCGAGGUCAUCGGAUACGUCUCGCGCGUCGUAGCCAGCGUGCAGUACCCAAAUUCCGCAAAGCUCCCGUACAUCUUGCAAGCCGUGCUUCUGCUUCUUGCGCCAGCAUUGUUCGCAGCGUCGAUUUACAUGGUUCUGGGCCGCAUCAUCAGGGUGACCGGCGGAGAGGCCUAUUCUCUUGUGCGAGUCAACUGGCUCACCAAGAUUUUCGUCUUCGGAGAUAUCCUCUCGUUCCUCAUCCAGGGUGUUGGCGGCGGCAUGCUCGCCAGUGCCGAUACGGCCAAACAACGGGACCACGGCCAGCUGUUCAUCACCAUCGGCCUGAUCGUCCAGAUCAUCUUUUUUGGGCUGUUCAUCCUCACGACCAUCCACUACAACUGGCGUCUGAGCAAGGCACCGACCGACGCGUCCCGCACGACAGCCGUGUCCUGGCAGAUGUACCUCAUCGUCCUGUACGUUUCCAACGGGCUCAUCAUGAUCCGCUCCAUCUUCCGCCUUGUCGAGUACGUGCAAGGCGAGGACGGAGAGUUGCUCUCUAAGGAGGUCUAUCUUUACAUUUUCGAUGCCGUGUUGAUGUUCCUGUCCAUGGCCACCUUCAACUGGAAGCACCCGAGCAGUCUGAUCCCGGGCAAGAAGAAAGAUCAACCAGACCUUGAAGUCAGCAGUGGUAGCUUCCUCAUGCAAGAGCGCGGGAGGAAGUAG